CAUGAUGUAGCCCAGGACGGUCCAUUAGGUUCGGUAUAAAGUGUGAAGGAAAUUACAAAUACCUCAUAUUUGUGUUACAGAGCGCUCCGAAGAACGUUUGGUUUGUUUCGCAAAAAAAAAGUUUCACUCUAGUAGAGUGCAAUGAAGGCUUGUUUGCUCCUGAUUGCCUUCCUGGCUUUAUCCCUUGUUGAUCAAUCAUGCGCUGUAGCCCAGCCCAGAAACGAACCACUUUGUUUGCCAGAUGAUGACUUCUUCGCCCCCGGUCCAGAGUGCUACAACUUUUAUGAAUGUCGGAAUGGGGUGCUAGAAAUGUUGGACUGUCCACCUGGAAUGUUGUUUGAUCGUACCAUAUUAUGGUGUAAUUGGGAGGAGGAUGUGCAAUGCGAGGAUGAGCAGACGACAAUCAUAACGGAGGCACCGACCACGGUAGCUCCAACAGCACCCCCAACGACAUCAACUCCAUCGAAUACGUUUAUGCCGGACACUGAAGGCGCUUUGCCGAUACUGUUCCCCGGAUCAGAGUGUCCACCCGAUAUUCGGGCGUUUCUGGUACAUGCAACCGAGUGUCGUCGGUAUUCCUACUGCUUGUACGGCAUAGAAUAUCCACAGAUAUGUCCGUUUCUGCAAACAUUCAAUUAUGUCGUCGGCCAUUGUGUGCCGCGGGACCCAAUGUACUGCUUUCCUGGAAGCGUCGCAUAGGUUUAAGCGCAGAAGAAAUAUUUAAACAAAAAAAAAACACAUACAGUGAGGUUGUUGAAAAAAAGUAUUGUAAUAAAUUGUAUAUCAUAAUGAAUUAUUCCAUUGUACGAUCAGAGAUGAGAAUGAAUGAUUGAUUAAUAAAACUAAAUCGUUCCCUGAGCUUA